AUGACUGAUAGUCCUCGCCGUCGCAGAGAUCGCUCACGUGAACCUGACCGCAGGUUUGGUGACAGGCCUAGGGCUCGUGAUCCUCGCGACGAAUUCGAUGACUUGCUGCGCUAUCGCCGGGACGUUCCACGCGAUGUGGAACGCGAGCGGGCACCCAGAGAGCGUGGACCUUCUAUUCCGCUCGACGAAGUGCUUCCAAUAAGUCGCAACCACACAGCGUCUCCCGUCAGGUCAGUUCCUUCCAUCAAUUUCGUUUGGACCAGAAAGACACCAACUUCACAUGUUCUUAGGCGCCCAUCCCCUUCGUACGAGCCGCCUUUGGAGGAUCUUUUGAACGAUGAGCCGAAAGAAGACGACUCCGAAGCUCGGUCCGUCUUCGUUUCUCAGCUUGCUGCACGGCUCACUGCUCGUGAUCUUGGAUACUUCUUCGAAGACAAGCUCGGUGAAGGAACCGUUAUGGACUCGAGAAUUGUCACCGACAGGAUUUCCAGGCGAUCCAAAGGGAUCGGAUAUGUGGAGUUCCGCUCGGUUGACCUUGUAGAUAGAGCUAUUGCUCUCAGUGGCACGGUCGUAAUGGGUCUUCCUAUCCAAGUUCAACAUACUGAAGCCGAGAGAAACAGACUUCAUCCAGGAGACGGCAAUCUGAACCUCCCGCCUGGCGUUAGUGCGCCUCAUGGUGGCAUGCAACUAUACGUGGGCUCAUUGCAUUUCAACCUUACGGAGUCCGACAUCAAGCAAGUGUUUGAACCAUUUGGCGAACUUGAAUUUGUCGAUCUCCACAGGGAUCCAAUGACAGGCCGCAGCAAGGGUUAUGCCUUCGUGCAGUACAAACGUACGGAAGAUGCCAGAAUGGCUCUGGAGCAGAUGGAAGGGUUUGAACUAGCAGGCCGUACUUUACGAGUUAAUACGGUGCACGAGAAAGGAACCGUGAAGUACACGCAACAGGAUUCUCUGGACGAAGCCGGCGGUGGUAAUUUGAACGCAGCUUCACGACAGGCGCUGAUGCAGAAACUUGCUAGAAUCGAUCAGCCUGUUGUGCAGCCACUUCCGAUAAUGAAGCCCAAUAUCCCUCAGGCUAUGCAAUCGCGCUCGGUCCUUCUGAAGGACAUGUUCAAUCCCGAGAAUGAAACCGAGCGUGAUUGGGACAAGGAGCUUGCCGAGGAUGUCAAGGGCGAAUGCGAGGAAAAGUACGGCAAAGUCGAAUUUAUCAAGGUGGAGAAAGAGUCGCAGGGAGAGAUUUAUGUCAAGUUUGACUCAGUCGAGUCGGCCAAGAAAGCUGUGCAAGGCCUGAAUGGUCGUUGGUUCGGCGGCAAUCAAGUCUCGGCCGCCUUCAUCUCGGACGCGAUUAUGCAAGCACACCAGUGA